AGCUGCGGUGUUUGGCUGCAAUUGUCACAAACUUCAGCCGUCACUUCCCGCUUGAAGGAGCUCCUGCCCUUUACAUACAUACUUCACUCGCCCCAUGAGAAUAUUUAUGAAGAGACUACUACGUUCUUCAACCGACCCCAAGGAAUCUGCUAGCACGACUAUGUCAGACGCCUCUCCGACAAAGCGCCGGAAAUUGAAAGGCGCAAACAUCAUGAAGCCCAAGAAAGUAACCUGGCCUCCAAAUGUCCUCCCCGUCGAGAUCUUCACCCUGAUCGUGUCCUACCUCCCUCGAUCAAAUAUCCAGAACCUGCGACUGGUCAAUAAGGAGUUUGACCGGAAGGUGUCUGAAGCCCUUUUUCGGGUCGUCGUAGUUCCAUUUCGACCUGAGAUUUAUGGUAUCACUCCAGAGCCUCCUCUCUCGUACGAUGCCCUUCAAGGCUCAAUCAUGUUGCAAGAUAAGGGCAUGAGGGUUUUCCAAGGAUUUGGAAGAUGGAUUCAGAAGUUCGCCAUGAGCUUCGAAAUCGACCUUAAUAAACUAGCAAAUCCCCCAUUGAAGUGUGAUCAGGAGGCGAUUACUACCUUUUGGGGAAUCUACAAAUGGCCUUUUAAAGUAUACAACAGGUACUCUCAGUUGGAAGGCCUCGAGCAGACAGCAGACGAGACUCGUACCAUGGCAAAGGCAUUGAUGUUUAUUGAAUCUGCGAAAGAGCUUGGCCUUUCCAUUGACGGAGGCUUGGGAUGGCUUCCCGGUCCUGACAUCAAUACGAGAGUUGCAGAACGCGGAGAGAAGCUGGCGGUGUUUGGUGCCUCAAGAUUCGUACCAGAGUCCAAGCCAAGGUUAGGAAGGCAGGGAAAGGCAUCAAGCAUUGCGACGAACGCCGACUCCGUCAGUGGUACCUACUCACAAUAUGAGAGGAUGUUACAGGAUGCCGGUUAUCAGGAGGACGACCUGGAAUCAGCUGUGAGAUUGUUCCUCGAGACGGAAGAGUUCGGUGCUCCACCACUGCCCAAUUUCCAAGGUGACACCUCUGCGUGGGACAGCUUUGGUCUGCAGCCCGCAGCACAACAAUUCGUUCCAGAAACGUGGAGACGCCUUCGUCGCCGCGACGCUCUUCUUAAUGGCAGCAAUGGCUCAGACUCAACAGAUCAUGGGGUUCUAUCCAACGCUACUGUGGAGUUAGCUUCCUUGACUGACGAGGAUGACGAUGGUUUCGAGCAGCCAGACUACCAAUCCACAGCAGCUUAUUCCUACCCCACCAAACUCCCGAAGGGUAAGAACGACGGGUGCUUAUUGAAGCCUAAUGAUCUGAGUAACGCUCAGCGAGAAAUGUUGUUGGAAAUGGAAUGGGCUCAAAAUGCUUUUAUGCAGUCAUGGGCUAUCGCAAUAAUCGACAACCAAGAAACUUUCAGCCGCAUCCGAACCCUUAAUAUUGCACGAUUGCCUAGUCGUCACCUGCCCAUAUUACGCCGAGAAGACUUCUGGGACAGCUUGCCAGAACUAGGCUCUCUCUCCCUUGCGAUCAUACCGGAUUGGCGCGAAGUCAGGAAAGAAGCUACGAGCUGGGUGGAAGACAACCGAGUUGCUCCCUCAAGAGCUGUGGUUUCAGUCUAUGAGCUUCUUUCCCAACAAAUAUCGAGGAGAGAGAAUAUCAAAAGCCUUCACUUCGAAUGGCUUUGUGGCGGCGAGUAUGCUCCGGGUCUAUUUGCCCGAAACCAGCACAUCUUGGCUGCUCCGGUCGUCGCCGAAGCUAUGCACAUGGUCAACAGAUCCCAGCAGCAUUCCCUCUUGGCUCUUCCAAAUGUUGAGCGGCUCUCGCUGAAAAAUUGCUGGCUGACCCCUCACAUCAUGCGCAAUUUCUUGCUGCCAAUGAAGCAGACCGCGCUCCAAAGCCUUACACUCGACUCGGUUUCGUUGACUGCUCCACUGCCACAGAACGCAUCUCCAAACCACAUGACACCAGCUGUUGUGGUACAGAAUGCCCAGCAUAUGCCAGUUCAAGGAGGCCCAAUCGGCGCGAACGUCUUUGGCAACCUCUUGGGUGGUCUAAAUGCACAGAAUCAAGCACCAGUCGCGCCACCACCUCCAGCACCGGUGAUUAUUAAUGCGACUGAUUUGGCUUGGUUUGAGACACCCCGUCCUGGCUCUUGGGCUGAUAUUAUUGAUCAUCUUACACCUGGUACGACGUUAGAAGCCAUUCGACAUGCCAGAGAAAUGGGUCCUGAGCCAGAGCCUAGGGCAGAGACAAAUCUUUCGAAACUCUCCUUCACGUCUUGCGGGUAUGUACGCCUACCGCUAGAUUUUGAUCAGACUAUCCUGGAUGCACCUCAAGGAGUUCAUCAACAAGCUGGAGGUACUGUGACGAAGAGGAUGAAUGAUAUUGAUUGUUUCAUGAUGAAAGCGCAAGACCACGCGCUGGCAGUCGUUGCCAAUCAUAUGAGCCAACUUGAGUCUGCGACAUUGGAAAAUGCAUGGGACAUGACUGUUGGCUGGCGUGAUUCGCGUCCAGAAUUGCUUCCGGAUGCCCAACUUGAUGGUUGCAUGCUUGCUGGCUUCGGAAGAUUCGAUGGCUUGAUCGAGGUUGCGAGACCACCGAAGAAACCCUCUCGAGAUUAUUGAAAUUCUUUAUAGAUAUUGAAGGCGGCAAGUGUGGACUAGCCGAUUGUUUGAUUAUUGUAGUUUUUUGCAUUUCCUGCAUAGCGAAGGUUCAAUGGAUGCCAAACAUGUUCUGGCGUUUGGGCGAAAUAUUGACGGAACUUCAAGCAGAAUCUCAAG